AUGGACGAACGUCAGGAUAAUAUAAUACGAUGCUGGUUGGAAGAUGUGGAGGUUGUGAGUGAUAUUGCGCCGAGUGAUACAGAAGGUAAUGAAGAGGAAUGUGUUACAGAGCUAAACCAUGACUCAGAAACAGAGCAAGAAUAUGAAAGUAGCAUAGAAGAGAAGGAAGAAAGAAGCACAGAAGAGAGGGUAGAUGAAGACAUGGAAGAAAAUGUGGAGAAUAGUUUUUCAAGUGACGACAAUGUUCCUCUGAGUACUUUCUCAAACUACUACCGGUCUAGAAAUGGUACUCGUUGGAACAAAACACCACCACCGUCAUCAAGAACUAGAUCGCACUAUAUUUUAGUACAACAAUGUGGACCUAAAGGUAACGCUAAAAACGCCCAGUCUCCACUGUCUUGUUUCGAGCUAUUUUUUGACGAGUCACUUUUGCAGAUUAUUGUUGAAUCCACAAAUAUUUACAUAAAUAUUGCUCAAUCAAAAUAUAAACGUGACAGAGAUGCUCGUCAAACAAACAUGAUGGAAAUUCGAGCUUUUAUCGGGUUAUUGCUGGUGAUAGGUGUAAACAGAUCGGGAAGACGGAACCUGAAAGACUGUUGGGAUAAUUCUAGAGGCACAGGAAUUGAAUUAGUCUAUUUGACUAUGUCGUUAAAUAGAUUUCGAUUUCUCCUUCGCACUGUUCGAUUUGAUGACGUCACAAGCCGACCUCGAAGGCAAUCACUAGAUAAACUUGCAGCUAUACGUGAUGUUGUAGAAAAGUUCAUUUCCAAUUGUAAAAACAAUUAUAAUCCCAGUGAGCGACUAACUAUUGACGAACAGCUUGUUGCAUUUCGGGGACGCUGUAGUUUUAUCAUGUAUAUGCCCAAUAAGCCUUCAAAGUUUGGAAUCAAAAUAAUAAUGGUGGUAGAUGUGAAAUUCCCAUACGUAUAUAAUUUUGAAAUUUAUGUUGGUGCGCAACCUGAAGGGCCUUUCAAACUUUCUAACAAAGUCCUGGAUAUUACACUUCGAGUAUUGGAUCCCGUCUGCAAUCUUGGAUGUAAUAUCACGAUGGAUAACUGGUUUUCCAGUAUACCGCUAGCUCAAGAGCUGUUGAAACGGAAAACUACCAUGGUUGGCACCCUCAAGUCUAAUAAACCAGAAAUACCUGCAAUUUUCAAAGAAUCUCGUCAAAGAGAAGAAAAAAGUAUAAAUAGCUUGGUGAUUCAUCAUAUGAAUAGGAUGGCUAACAAUGAGCAAUCACUCAUUGAACGGAGAAUGUUUCUGCUGGAUGUGGCAUUUGAAUUGGUAAAACCUGCAAUAAAUUAUAGAAUUGGUGUUCCAAAUAUUCCACGGGAACUAAAAACUAAAGCUCAGAUACUUUUAAAACCACAAAGCGGUGACAAUGACUCAAAUCCAAAUCGGAAUGUCCAGAAAAUAGGAAAAAGUGGUCGAUGCGCCUAUUGCCCACGAUCACGUGAUCGUUCUGCUUCGAAAUUCUGUAAUAUAUGUAAUCGAUGGAUUUGUCCAGACCAUCAAGUUCUAAUUUGUACAUCUUGUCAUCAAAUUACAUAA